UUUUAGGAUUUCCUCAUACUAUAUUUCCUUACAUAAUUGAGACGAUAUGAUGGUUUACAAUAUUUUGUAGGAAAUUAAAUCGUCUUGUAUUUUAUUUCAUGAAAGGGCGAUAUACCAUUUUAAACAGAAUUUGGAAGUUCGGAGUAAAAAGUGCAUUUUUACUGCCCUCCUUGAGAAAACAACUUCCUCCUCAACGGCGUCACGUCUACCCUCAGUGAACCAAUAUGGAGUCGUUGAAAACGGAUCCACAAUACCGUAGGAAUAUUAUUCCUAUUUGUGUAAUGCUGUUUACGUUUGGUUUUGCCUACUCUGUCGGGUCUUAUUCCUACGGUGAAUAUGGGCACGAGGCAUUCCACUAUCGCAGCGAUCAUUCCAACCGCUCUUUGUGUGACACCAACACGAGUUCUGAGGAGUAUCGUCAAGAACAAAUCGUACAAUCCAAAGUAUCCAAGUGGUCAACAUAUAUGUCGCUCUCUCAGGGAAUACCGUUGCUAAUAUCGGCAGGUCUAUUUUCCUCCUUGAGUGACUCAAAAGGCAGGAAGCCUUUAAUCCUUGUGAGUCUGAUUGGUGUAUUUCUGAAAACUCUUUUAAUGAGUAUAGCAGUGGCAUGUAAAUGGAAUGUCUACGUGUUUCUUGUUUUUAUUUUCAUCGACGGUUGCUGUGGAAGCUGGGUGACACAGCUAUCUAUCUCUAUGGCAAUGGUAUCUGAUUUGACAUCCGUAGGAAAAUCCAGAUCUUUCUUGAUUGCAUUUGUUGGAUUUAUGGUCAGUUUGGGGUAUGCCUGUGGUUCCUUUUCAUCUGGAUUUAUCAUUAAAAAGCUAGGUUACAGUUGGAGCCUUGGCAUUUCUAGCAUUGUGUGUGUUAUGACGAUGGGCAUUCUGUAUUUUGUUCAAGAAACCCUUCAGGAACACAAAAGAAUACGUUUAGAUUGCAAUAUAAAGUCUUACCUGAAAAACUUGGUACAGUUUUAUGUUGAUGACGAUCCCAUAAAUCAACAUUCAUCUAAAUGGAAAUACGUCCUCUGUUUGUCGGCACUUGUGUGUACAUUAUUGCCCAGACUUGGUUCUUUCAGUGUUGAGAUCUAUUACAUAAUGAACUCACCUUUCUGCUUCACUCCAGUGACUAUAGGGAUAUUUCAAACAAGCAAGAGCAUUGGCUCUGAUUGUGUCAUCUUAGUGGGAAUAAAAAUCAUGCAAUACAAACUUAGCGACGAAAUGAUAUCCUUAGUGGGAACACUUUCUGCUAUUGUUUCGUUCAUUAUGAUUGGAUUUGCAAAAUCUACCAACUUUAUGAUCAUAGCAACCGUGGUCGGUGCUCUUGGGAUGUGCUCUAUACCUUUGAUCAGGUCUGUCAUGUCCAAAAUGACACCUGCCCACAAGCAAGGUACAAUGUAUGCUGGAAUUGCUAUAGUAGAGACCAUGUGUGGAUGUGUGGGAUCGGUGAUUGGAUCAUCCAUAUAUUCUGCCACUGUUGACAUUUACAGGGGAGCAGCCUUCUUAGUGUUUUCUGUGUUUCUUCUCUUGGCAAGCGUUUUUUUAAUACUCCUUAUAAUCAGCAACAAGCAGAGGAAAAACGGUUAUCAGGUGCUCCAGGGUACGGUGUCUCCUGAUGACUUAUGUGAUGCAUCAAUUAAUGUAAAAUGAGCAACUUAAAGGACACCAAAUCGGCGUGUAAGUUGCAAGUAUAUGAAUUACAUGUAGUCAUCAGUUUACGAGGCAGUCUGCUCUCGGUAUUUAUGUACAUGUAAUGAAGACCAGAUAUUGUUAUCAUAGCAAAUGUUUUUCAAAUGUAAAACGUUUGGCAAUAUUUGAAUAUUUUUAUUAGGGUUUUUGCCCGUCCAUAAAGCCGAUAGUUUUCAUAGUUUUCUUAACGUCAAACAAUGUAGUCAUUGAAUAUGGAUAUCGAAAUCGAUUUGAGAUUGCAUUGUGUGAAAAUUUUUGGGAGAAGAGAUACAUUUGCUGAAAACUGGAACGUGGAUUUAUAAUCAUGAAUAAAGUAUUGUUUGUAUAUUUCAUCUUGAAAAAGAAUAUCAAGUAAUAAACACUCACCUUAAAAGAUAAAAACAAUAUUUGUAAAAGGUAUGUACUGGUAUUGAUAGAAGGCUAGAAUUUAUUAUCUUUAAUGUAACCAUGCCUGAUUAUGACUUUAAUCACGAAUUGAUACAGAUGAAAUGGAUUACACAAUUAAAUAGCAUUUCCAACAAAACGGCUUGCAAAUGUCUGAUGUAAUUAUCAAUUUUAAUUAAGUUGUUAAACCGAACAUGAAUCCAUAAAGAUACGAGAAGUCUCAGUUUUCACCAUAUUUCUCCAUUCAUCUGCCAAAUUAGUUGAAUAUUCUAUUGUUAUAUAUAUCGAGUAAACAUUUGUGGUAGACAGAGUGGUUUGAUCGCCGAUAGUCAGAUAUCUCAAUUGGUAGAACACCUGACUAGAGAUUCUUGGGGCCUGGACUCGAAUCCCGGUCUGGUUUGUUGCAUUUUCUCCAUCCCCGUGACCAGGAUUCGAACAUGAGUUAUCGCGGAAGGGAGAUAAUUCAACGGACCAGACCCGAGUUCGAAUCUCGAUCCGGUUAGUUGCAAUUUCACCCUUUCUGUUACACAUGGUAUCGUUUCACAUCGCAUCGAUGCUUCCGAUUUGUUUGUGCGGACAAAUUCGACCAGUUCAAUUCUCAAGAAUGAGAGGCACAUGAAAUAACGUUUUAAAGCACAAUGUAUUGCUGAAAAUUAGAAAAACACAUAACAUAAAUAGUAGAACAUUCUAAAAUAUUUGAAUUGAUUUGGACAAAAUGUGAAGAAAAUCUUUUCUUUACAUGUUUAGCGAUAAACGUGACGAGGAUAUUUAAUAAACGGGUAGGAAUGAUUUACCAAUAAUAUAUUAUACU